UAUGGUGCCAACUACAGAUAUAGUGGAUGGGAUGGUACAAACAAACUGCCAGUGCCUAAUUAAGCAGAAUAUGACAAGCAUAUGAUUGUGAUAUGGUAAUUCAUAUCUUUGGAUGCUCUCUUUUAGGCCGAGUGAGAAUUGAGUAUAAAGUAGUAGUUAAGUAAACAGCAUUUGUCUGCUAGUGUCACAAGGUUUGUUGCCAGUGCUAUACCAUUAUUACACUUUAAUAUUUCCCAGUACUUGAUUUGCUCGAGUUAGGUUACCAUCCAAUAUUUUUAUCCAUUGCUAGAGACAAGUUCCCAUCAAAUUCUGAUACUUGUGUACAUAUUGAGCAUGACUGUAUGAAAUAUGUUAAAUCUUAAUAAAAGAUCUACCUUAAAUAAUGUUUACGCUUACUGUCUUUCAUGAUCUGAAACUACUUUGAAGAACCAUACUCGAUAUCAGUCUUAAGGUCAGUAUUAGUACAGGACUCGAGGGCAGACAUGACAUCCCAGAGAUUAAAGGUAUGUGACUGAGAAAUUUCAGCCUUGAUAUCUCUUACUUCGCAAUUUAAGUGCCAUUGCAUUUGGAAGAAUACACUAGUAACUACACAGAAGAUUCUCACGUGAUUGGUUUUUGUUUUAGUUGUAGUUCUUGUUAGUGGUAGUCUUCUUUGCACAUUCUUUCACACGACACUUGGCGAUUACUGCAUCAAUCUACUAAAAUCGCUUUGCUGGUACUCGAAAGCUGUGCUGUUUUUGUCUGCAUAGUCUGGUCUCUCAAUGCUGUCGAAAUAGCAAGUGCAGAAAGCACUCACGGGUGCAUCACAUGCAGAUAUAGCAUGGGUCCUCAGCCAUACAUCUUUUAACUUCACCAGAUUCCAACUUCCCUUUCUGUUGCCACAACAUGCUUAUAGGAAAAAGGUAGCCUAGACAAAACCGUGUACUAGUAACACAACAACAACUAGGAGCAACACUGAUGGGUUCCAUGAGUAAUGGCCGGAAUGGCUCGGAGGUUGGCAUCCAGAUGCCACCGGCGGGGAGCAAGACAGUGCUGGAGCCAAUGGCACUUUUGGUGACUGCACCUCCAGUACCAAGAUGGCCACGGCUGGGAAUGGUCAUGGUGGCAACCCGAGCUGCAGCCUUGGUGAUGGCGCUGCUCUCAAUGUCGCUGAUGGUUUCCUCCAAGCAGCGGGGCACUCUUACCAUCUUCGGCAUCAAAAUCCCGCUCUAUGCCAAUUGGUCCUUUUCUUAUUCUCUGCAAUUCUUGGUUGGGAUGUCUGCAGCUGCAGCUGCCUACUCGCUGGCACAACUCCUCUUGAUUGCACACAAGUCUGUGAAGAAAGCAUCCAUGGUUCCAUCCCGGCGCCAUGCAUGGCUGCUGUUCGCUGGUGAUCAGGUGUUUUCACUGGCAAUGAUGAGCGCCGGAUCGGCAGCAGCGGCGGUGGCAAAUCUAAACCGCACCGGCAUCCGGCACACGGCCCUCCCCAACUUCUGCAAGCCGCUGCCACGUUUCUGCGACUUCUCGGCGGUCUCCAUCGCGUGCGCCUUUCUCAGCUGCAUCUUCCUCGCGACGUCCGCCGUAAUCGACGUUAUCUGGUUGUCAAGUCUGUGAGAUGAUUGCUGUACCUGUACCUGUAAGAUAGUAAUCGACUGAACCCAAAAUGUUUAGGCCAUUUGAUGCACUAUGUGCUGCUUGGACAGAUUGGAGUCGCCUGGAUGUUGAUGUGCAGCGUCGCGGUCUGAAAGAUUAAGUCAAGUCCCGUUCGAGCACUCCACUGUCCCAAUCAUCACACCACCUACUGCUGCUUCCAAAUUCCAACCACUUUUCCAUGUUUCGGCGUGCUAUUCGCGGCGGCCGUCCCCGGCGACGCAUCGCGUGACACGCACAAGCCCAGUCGCGGAGGAAAGGUGAGAAGACGACAAUGCCGACGCUCCAGAAAGAAAAUGAUAAUAGUCUCGGUCGGCUCACGAGAGGGAGGUGGUAACUGAGCGGUGACUUGACGUUGCCGUGGUGUCCAUCCCGACUCACUCGAG